ACAAAAACGUUGUUGGACAAAUCUUCAGCUUCCACUGGAAGCAUUUCAGUCCAAAAUUGCAAUGGGGAGGUAAACUUCGAGGUAGCACAACCAGCUGUAACAGAAGACAAAUAAAGGGAAAGAAGAAAACGUACUUUACUAUAAUUUACAUUUUGUGCUCACGAAUUUUAGCUGUCAACUAAGAGCUGCGGAUGAUGGAAGAUAACUCAAAGGGAAACUGUAACUCUUCACCAGGAGCGCCUCUUCCCCUCUCUGUUCUGCGCCUCCUGGUCCCUCCAAUUCAGCUGGUCUCAGCAGCAGUGUGGCAGACUGUACAGCAGAAGGUAGUUGCUGACUAUGGGAUGCUUGAGGAGUUUGUGUCCAUGGUUACAGACAUUGUUCCAGAGCUACUCACCAGCCGACAGAGAGUCCAACUCAUCCUGGGCCUCAAAGCACGGCAAGUCCUGGAGUUAUGUCAUCCUGAAGCUCCUGCUGAUGCUGAGACUGUUCAGCCCCACCUCGACAGGAUGCAAAUGCUCAUGGAGGCUGGUGGUUUAAAUGUAGACCUGUCACAUGCAAACUUUGUGAAUCUUGUCAAGAACUUGCUGAAAAAUCCUGACGAGAGAGAGCACUUUUUUCAGAAAGUUUUCCGUGAAGACUUCGGCCCAACUUAUGAUAAAGCACUACACACCCUAAUGUGGCUGUUUCUGUCCAGACUUGAAAUGUUCCUUCCUCAUCAGACUGUCCAACAGGUUGCAUCCAUGCUUGGUGAGGUGUCCAGUGUUCUAGAAGACUCUAUGCAGUCUGUGAUUCAGCAUGAGGAGCUCAAAACUCUGCUGCAUUAUCAAAAAGGCUUCAGUAAACUGGAUCACAGCGAUAAUUCCUUGUUGGAUAGUACCUGCAUCAUUUCAGCUCUUAAGCUUCCCUUUGGAGCACCACUUGAAGCUCAAACACAAGACAACAUCCUGGAUAAUGUGCUGCCAUGUACGUCAGAUUUGGAGAUGGGAUCUUUAACAAUGCCUCAUACUGCACAGAUAAAAACUCACAACACAAAAGUUACAGAUCACCAGACAAGUGAGUCCAGGAACAAUGAAACUAAUUGGACAUCUAGUAGAAAUGGAACACAUUUGCUUUUAGGAGAUGCAGCAAGACAUAAAGAAAAUGUAGACCUUCAAAGUCAAGCAGGGGAUGCUUCUCACCCUCUGAAGGAGUGUCACGUUCAAAUAAAAAGACUUGACGUGCCGGUGUCUUUGCAUCGUCGACCCAUGAGACCAAAUAGAGGCCUGAAAAUGAAAAGGUUUCUGCUGGAGGAGAAAAGAGAACUUUGUGAAGAAGCUCUCCCUGCCUACAAAUCUGCUUCAAAGAAAGCAAAAACAUCUAACAGGCCACAUCCAGCGGUCUCAGACAACAUGAAUUCAAGCAACUCCAAGAAAGACUCCUCGUCUGCUGCUGCCAUCAGUACCUGCAGUGAAGAAGAUUCCUGGUCUUAUUAUUCAGAUGAGGGCUCUUGCCAUAAGACUACCGGCAGUAGUUCCAGUGUGGCUGAUUCGUGGUCUCAAUACUCAGAUGAUGAGUCUUCAUUUGUGACUCCUGUCAAUAGUUCUGCUGAAAAUGAUUCAUCCUCUAGCUGCUCAAAUGAGGACUCUUUCCUCAUGGUUCAUAAGAAUGUACCUGCUACUAGCAAAAAGAAAAGCAUCUCGAACGUCAAAAGUAACACUCCAAAAACAAUUCAUAAGGUCCAGUGUUUUAUCUGCAAGGAGCAUGUGAACACAAGCCUGAAAACUCACAUGAAAACCCACUUCCCCACUGGUGAUUAUGCCUGCCCUCGAUGCGAUAGCAGAUUUAAACUCUUAACAUCUCUUAAGAACCACUUGAAGAAGACAUGCUAUGAGUAUGGUCAGCAGCAAAUAGAUCCAGAAAAGCCGGACGAAGCCCAGAAUCUUUACCAAUGUGACAAAUGCGAAGAGGCGUUUAGAUACAAAAUUUCACUGCAAAAGCACAUGCUAACCCACAACGAACUCUACUGCAGUGUGUGUAGGAAGGUGCUACGAGAUGCAGCGACACUAGCCAGGCACAAGGCUUCACACACUCUGUUUCAGUGCAACCGCUGCGACGAGUCCUUCACUCUUUUUAAGCCCCUGCUCAGGCAUUGUGAAAACAUCCAUAAAAUAAGUAGACCUUUUAAAUGUAACCACUGUCCAAAAACCUUACCCAGGCUGCGCUUUUUAAUCAUACAUGAAUGGCACCACACGGGUCAUCUGCCGUUCCAGUGCGCUCAGUGCAGCUUGAGGUUCAAAUCGGACGCAGAUCUCACUUAUCAUGAAAGAGUCCACACCAGAGAGAAGCCCUACCUGUGUACAGAGUGCGGCAAGACUUUCUCUCACAAGUCCAAUCUUUUGAGGCACUUGAGUCUCAUCCACAGCGAGUCUCGGAAUGAGAAGAAGCAUUCGUGCUCUCAGUGUGAGAAAUCCUUCAAAGAGAAAGGGGCCUUGAAAAAACACCAGAGGAGCAAACACUUAAAUGAAAUGUUCCGUAAUCCGUGUCCGUACUGUGGAAAGAUGCUCUCGGCAUCGACAAUGACCAGACAUAAAUUAAUCCACACGGGAGAGAGACCUUUCAAGUGCACUGUGCCCGAAUGUGACAAGUACUACAGAUCAACCACUGAAGUAAAGAGGCAUGUCCUUAUGCACCAUACUACAGAGAGGCCUUAUAAAUGUGAGAUUUGCAGAAAGGGCUUUGUAAAAAUGUGCUAUCUCAACGCGCAUGCUAAAACACACUCAGGAGAGAAGCCAUUUGUUUGCCAUAUCUGCGGCAAGGCAUUCCCCAAGGUCUACAGCAUGCUAAGGCACAAAAAGCUCCUCCAUACAUUUAUUACAUAAUAACUCUGCAGGGAAGGAAUGCUUGGUAUUGAAACGUAAAUCAUUUUUUAACCCGCAGAAGUCUUAAGCCGGGUUUGUGUAUAAAACAAUUAAACAAACUCUUGAUUACAUUCAUGGUGUUUUCACUGGACACAAUACUGAUCGAUGCUGGACCACUGGUUGUCAUCAACACAUGCAUGUAAAGGUGUAUGGAAAGAGCACUCCACCAGUUUAGCUUUGCUCUUCUAAAACACAGACAGCAGACAGUUUCAAGGUAGGCAGAAUUGAUGCAGCAGAUCCAGAGAUGAUAUAUUUUUCUUGCCUUGCUUUGUUCUUUAUUCAAAUUGCCACCUACAUUGCUUACAGUAGGACUUGAUUACUGACAGUUCUUCAGAUCCAGAUGUGUUUUGCCAGUGUUCUUUUUAGUCUCUGUCUUCUGUAUAGUGUUUUUUAUGGCCCCAGGCCUGUGACUGCCAUACCCAGAGGAAUUAUGCAUUCAGGUUGAUAUCAGAAUUGGGGUACUUUGUGAUUUAGAAGUUGCCGCCACAUGGUUAUUGGUGGUGUCCUCGAGUGCUCAGCCAGAUCCACUCUUUGGUUGUCAUGUUUGAUUUUAGAAGAACAAGAUGAGGAUGGACAAAUUGCAAACUCAAGGUUUCAAAACAGUUGUCUACAAAUUAGUGGCCUACUUUUAUUCAUAGUCUGUGGUUUAAACCCUAUAAAAACACUUUUUUUUUUCUUUUUCUUUUUUAACCAAAGUAAGAGUGCAUCUGUUUAGUCAUGAGACAGAUGAGUGAGAAAGACUGCUGAAAUUUUUUGGGGGUAGAUACAGCAUAACACACUCCAACUGCCAGCACUCAAUUCCACUGCCAAUAACACAGGCAAGCAGAUAGAAUACAUGAAUAAUUGAAAUGGAAAAAAGAGAUAUUUGUGGUUCUGCAGCAAUUUUUAUCAUUUUAAACUGUCUGUUGUGUAAUCUGUAAUCAAAAAUCUGCACUCCUUGCUGCAACUGAGCAGCUGUGACUGACCCAACAAGUUAAAACUCUUAAUUGGUAAAUCCAAUGUUGUUGUUUUUUAUACAUAUAUAUAUAUGUUCCUGUCAUAACUGCAUCAUGCUGCAUAGAAGACAUUUUUGAGUUUUCUCUACUUCCGGCCAUGGUUGUUCUCUUUCUGAAGAGGUUCUGGACGACAAACUGCAGCAAAAAAGAAGUCACAGUGAAUUUAUUUGUGAGAUGAGCAAGAAACGGCAAAUCUUAAACUCACAACUGCGUAGAAAUAAAGAUGGACCAGUACAGGGUAUGAUAAAAUACAAACUGAUUAGAAACCGCAUAGAUGAAUUUAGCUUCAACGAAUGGCAAAACACCAAAAUUAGUAAAAACAAAAAUAAGGCAGAGAAAAUAGUAAUGUGUGCAUAUGAUCCUGACUUUUAUCCAGCAGAUCAGGUUAAAGACAAACUAAGGCUUUGCUUCCUACUGUAUCUUUAUAUGAAGAGGGGGAGAAAACAGAAGAGGGAAGUUAGAGUCAACAGAGAGAGGGAAAGCACGAGCAGAAAAAAAACAAAAUGUUAACUAUUGAGUGGUCAAAGGGGGUAAAGAAAUAACCCAUACAACAAGUAAGAAGACUGUUGUGGAACUGCUGGAGUGGGAAAGAUACACACUGGGAAAACUAUGUUAUUGAUUUAUCUUGGAUUAUGUUGUUGAACUGUGUUUUUACGUCGACUGUAAAUCUACCUUCAACCACUCCAAGUAAAGGGAAAUUAUUUUUUUAAAUGACAGAUAAGAACUAUGUGGAGAAUUGUUCCUUUUGUGCUAGCAGAUGUGAAUAAUUUGAUAUAUUAUGUAAUUCAAACAACUACUCUCUUUGCCUGGACAGCUUUUGGACAAUAAUGUUUGUAUUGCAUGCAGUGUGUGCUCUUUUACAGAUGAUACCCAAACAUGUAAUGUCAAACAAAUCCAAAUCUGGCUAUAGCAAAAGUAUUUUGUUGGUUUCUAGCAUUUUUUUAUGAGCAAAGUCAUUUAUGUGGUGACUUGUCAAAAACAAACCAAAAAUCUUAAAUUCAUUCUCAAAUUAGAACAAGAGUCCAUGGGUAAAGGAAUUAUUGGCAGCCACUUUCCCCCCCCUGUUUUUAAGAAUGCAUAAAACUAAGAAAUCUGUGGGCUGAAACAUGACAUGCAGGGCAAGCAUAAAUGUUAAUAUUUUGGGUUUUAUAUUAUUUUAGGUUUUAUUUAUAAUAACAUAAUUAUUGCAUAAUUAUUGGCACCCCUGGUUAAGGCGUGUUAAAAUCCUUAAAAUCAAUUCAAUUUUUAUUGCAGAAGCUUACUCUCACACUGAAAAUGAUAGAAAAAUGUAUUAUAGGAGAAGAUUAGGUGCUGCUUUGUUGGCAAAUACAAAAUAUUAACAUCAGGGGUGCUAAUAAUUGUGGCACACAUGAUUUGAUGUAAAAGAAUUAUUUCUUAAUGUGUGAUUUUUUUCCCCUCUGAAUAAAUGCACUUGAAUUAAAA